GAAGACAUACAGAAGAGUGUAGAGAGAAUUAGUUCAGUUGAGAAGACAAGAGAAGAGGGACAGAACAAACAAGGAGAAACAUUAAAGACAAGUCUUUGGUUGUCGCGAUCUUAAUCUCGGAAGAAUGGGGGAGGAGAGAGACGACUCACAGAAGCUGAAGAAGAUAGCGGCGGCGGCCUACGACUACGAGAACGACCCCAGAUGGGCCGACUACUGGGCCAACAUCCUCAUCCCUCCACACAUGUCCUCCAGUCCUGAGGUCAUCAGCCAUUUCAAGCAGAAGUUCUACAAGCGCUAUAUUGAUUCUGAACUUCUGGUGGAUGCAAUGUCCAGCGGGAGUCCUUCUAAGCCAAAGAGGCCAUCCUCAUCGUCGUCAUCGUCCCGGUCUACAAAUGACAGUGCAGGAUCAACUUCUAGAACAUCAGGAGCAUCAGGAACCGCACCAACAAGUCCUCCAACUUCUCUGCGUUGGGAUCGCCAAACUAUUCAGUUUUCUAUUAAUGCUUGGGUGUUUCUUGUGGCUGUGCUUGCGAUUUUCCCAUUGGUGCCUAGGCACCUUUCGAAUAGGGCAUAUCGGCUUUCUUUUAUGGGCACAGCGUGUUCCUCUCUUUAUUCAUUGUACUCACAGCACGGGAAACCGAGGGAGUGGAACUUACAGGGUUUGCAAGUAUACUUUCGAAUAAUAGUCGAUUCUAAGGAUUUUAUCUACUUGAUAUACUGCGUGACUUUUGUCACGUCCCAUCUUUCUCUCAAAUUCGCCUUGAUUCCCAUUCUAUGUCGGGCUCUUGUUCAUGUUGCCAAGUUCCUAAGGCGCAACUUUAGUCAGUCCUCAUUGUACAGGAAAUAUUUGGAAGAUCCUUGCGUUUGGGUUGAGGCAAACACAACUACCCUCAGCAUACUCUCUUCACAUGUUGAGAUUGGAAAUGGCUUCCUUUUAAUUAUAUCGCUGUUCUCGUGGCAGCGGAACAUUAUACAGACAGUCAUGUAUUGGCAGUUGCUGAAGCUCAUGUAUCAUGCUCCAGGGACUUCUGCCUACCAUCUGAGUGUGUGGACUAAGAUAGGGAGGACUGUUCAUCCAUUCAUCCACCGCUGGGCGCCAUUCUUGGAGCCUCCCCUUUCCACAGUUCAGAGAUGGUGGUUAAGGUAGAGACAAGAGGGAGAAUGAUUUAGAGAGGCAGCUAAUAUGAAAUGCAAAUUUUCUUGAAUGCUCGUUAUCUAAAGAAAAACCUGUUGUCAGAGAUAUAUUUGGAUCAGCAAAUGUUCAUUUGGAUUCUAGCAUGGAUAAAGUAGAAAGUAUCUCCACUGAGGCUGUGUUGAAUUUUAGUUCCACUUCGAACUAACAAUUUAUGUGAUAGAACUUUUUACGUAUGAAAAUAUUGCUUCAUAGCCAGGUAGUUCAGUACACAAUGUCAACCCGACAGUUGUCUUGCUGAGUGAAUAAGUGACCAUCUUCCAUAUUAU